AUGACUCUUUUCGCCUCCAUGUUCAAGCUUUUUGCCGGCCUGGCGGUGGCCAAUGGCCUUGUCCGAGAAGGAACAGUCCCGGUGAACCCGGUGGCUACGAUCCCGCUGGACAAGCAGUAUGUGCCAGUCAUCCGGAACAACAAAAUUGUUUCGUACAAGACUGCGUACUUCGGAAAGAUCCACGUGGGAAUGCCGAGGCAACAGACGUUCACCGUCGUUUUUGAUACGGGUAGUGCCCAUCUCUUCGUGCCGUCUGCGACCUGUAACACGGAAACUUGUACUCGACACCGUCGCUUCUUCCGAAACGAGUCGGGCACGGCAGUUGACAUCGACCACGAUGGCAACCCAGUGAAGAAGAACUCGACUCGACGCGAUCAGGUGAACAUCGCUUUCGGAACCGGAGAGGUCACUGGAGAGUUUGUGCGGGAGACCGUUUGCCUCUCCCCUCACGAGCCAUCCACAGAGGUCGCGCCUUUGGGAUCAGCUGGAAAGGACUGCACAGAGCUUCGCGUCAUCUUGGCAAGCGAGAUGACAAAGGAGCCAUUCAUGACUUUUGAGUUUGACGGUGUUCUCGGCCUCGGCCUUGCCAGCCUGGCAGUGGACCCGGAGUUCAGUUUCUUUGGUCAGAUGGCUAAGAUGAAUGGGCUGAAAGAGCAAACCUUCGGCUACUUUCUCUCCCGUUCUGACAGCGUUCCGAGCGAGAUUUCGUUCGGAGGCCACGACGCUCGACGCUUGGCAUCGCCACUUCAGUGGGUGCCCGUGCACAAGCCAGAGCUGGGAUACUGGCAGCUGAGGCUGCUCGGUGUUAUCGUUGCUGGAGAGCGGCUGCCGCUCUGUGAAGAAGGCGACUGUGUUGCCAUUGCUGACACCGGCACCUCCUUGCUCGGUGCUCCUCGAGCUGUCACACAGAGGAUGCAUUGGCUCCUGGCACGAAAGGUGCCAGAGAAUCCAGCAGAGAUCGAUUGUCGGACCUUCCCUGGCCCGGAGCUCAUUUUCCAGCUGGAAGAUGGCGUGAACGUCACCAUCGGUGCGGAGGACUAUUCUCGCGCCACUGGCAUGCGUGUGCUGAACAACAAGACAAAUUCCUCCCAGCUCAUUUGCCGCGCUUCUCUGCUUCCCGUGGACGAUGGAGAGGUGCUUGGGCCCAAGGCAUUCAUCCUUGGCGAACCCGCUCUGCGCAAGUAUUACACCGCUUACGAUUGGAAGCGGCAGCGGAUUGGCUUUGGGCUUUCGGUUCAGCCAAAGCCCGAGGAAGUCCCGGCUGAACCACGUCAUUCCAUCUAUGGCGCACCACCUUCCGGACCACCGACGCCAACCGAAGUCGUUGUGUGA